AACUUUGAUUUCAUUCGCGUAAACUCCCGUUGCCUCGGCCUUUCUUAUUCUUCUUCUCCUCUCUCAAACCCUAGAAAAAGCUAUAACCAAUUUUUACACUAACCGCCAAUUCUAAUUAAAAAUUAUUCCACUUUGAUCCCUCAAAUUCACUCUCCCACACAACCAAUUAAUCACUUUCUCAAUUCAAUUUCAACCCAUAGUAGAAUUUCUCGCCAAAUUUCAGCAUUCAUUCUUCAGCAAUUGCAAAAAAAAAAAAAGCUUCAGCUAGGGAAAAAAACAUCGAAAGUGGUGAAUUUCGAGUGAAUUAAUUAAUAUAGAAUAAAAGGAAUUAGAAACAUUCGCGUGUAGAAGUGAGUAGUGUGGAGACUGUUAAAAAAGAAUUAAUUUUUGGUCAUUGUGAUCAUCAAGAGGAGGAAUUGGGUUUGAAUCUGUUGAACCCAUGUCAAAGUUGAUGGUUCACCUUCUCAUGAUACAUUGACUAUGGAUCCUGAAAGUAAGAAGUUCGGAAGAGGACCAAGAGAGCUGACGGGUGCUGUUGAUCUUAUAACUCACUACAAGCUGUUGCCUCAUCAUGAGUUCUUCUGCAAGCGGUCACUUCCUUUAUCAGUUUCUGACACACAUUAUCUUCACAAUGUGGUGGGAGACACUGAAAUCAGAAAAGGAGAAGGCAUGCAGUUGGAUCAGCUUAUCCAUAAUACUUCCUAUUCCAGAGAUGGCAGUACACGUAUUCAACCAUUUGAUUUAGAUGUACUUAGAGAGGCCUUCCAACUGAAGGAAACCACUCCUGUAGAUUUACCUCCUGCUGAGAAGGGGACACCUACCAUUGCAGCAAAAUCCAAAAGUGAGUCUAAAGACAAGGAGAGGAAGCAUAAAAAGCACAGAGAUAAAGAGGAUAAAGAGCAUAAGAAGCACAAACAUCGUCAUAAAGAUAAAGACAGAAGUAAAGAUAAAGAUAAGGAGAAGAAGAAGGAUAGAAGUGGGCAUCAUGAAUCUGGCGGGGAUCACUCUAAAAAACAUCACGAUAAGAAAAGGAAGCAUGAUGGAGAUGAAGAUUUUAAUGACAUUCACAAGCACAAAAAAAGUAAGCAUAAGAGCUCAAAAAUUGAUGAAAUUGGGGCCAUAAAGGUAGCUGGCUGAAGUAGUUGAUGUACUGUUGUUCACUUGUCGUCUGAAUCAUUAUUGAGAGUUUGGAAGGGAUUUUUACUUUAGCUAGUCAAAUAGUUUGAGGUAGGUAUUGAAAAAUGUGAAGAUGGUGAGUUCCCUGGACAAAGGAAAUUUUCAAUGCAGGGUAAAAUAUUUCUGAAAAUGACCUUGUAUCAUAAGUACAACUAUAUAAUUGCUGGUAAUAGGAGAAGCUUUAAUCCUUUCUUUUUUCUUUUUGUUUUUUUACCUUCUCAGUUUCAAUGGUGCAUUGGAUAUUUCAGCAUGUACACAUUAAUGUAGUCAUUUGUGCUUUUUAGAGUAGUCUUAAAAUCUGUUUCAACUAGAAUUUUAUAGUCUUUGGAAUUGUAGGAACUAGGAAUAUUAGGUUUGAGAAUGAGAAUUUUGUAUAUUAAUUUCUUUAUUACUUCAUUUUUGUGACUAUGACUGAUUAAUCCUUAGUUAAAUUCAAAAAAGAUUAUGAGGA